GGGAAAAAAAGUGAUCCUUCACCUUGACGACGUCUUUCCUGUGCGUGUGAGCGUGUUUCUCUUCCAACCAUUUCACUUCAACAAGGGACAUCAUGUCAGAUCGCGAGUUCAGUUCGAAUGAUGACCUGUCGCUUCCUAAAGCGACGGUCCAAAAAAUUAUCACCGAAAUUCUACCCCCUUCUUCUGGUCAGGCCUUCUCCAAAGACGCUCGCGAUCUCCUCAUGGAAUGCUGCGUCGAGUUCAUCACCCUGAUCUCCUCCGAAGCCAAUGACAUCAGCGAGAAAGAGGCCAAGAAAACAAUCGCCUGUGAGCACGUAGAGCGGGCUCUGCGUGAUCUUGGUUUUGGCGAUUAUAUCCCGGACGUGCUUGCUGUGGCCGAGGAGCACAAGGAGCAGUUGAAGUCGCGAGAAAAGAAGCAAAGCAAGAUGGAGCAGAGUGGACUGUCGGAAGAGGAGCUGUUACGACAGCAGCAGGAGUUGUUCCGCUCUGCUACGGAGAAGUACCACGCUGCCCCGGAAUAAAUGACUGAGUUGGAUAUAUGAAUAUGAAAUGCGUUUGACUCUUGCUGGUCAUAGAGGGAAUGGGUUUGGAGUUUUGUCUUUCGGAUGAAGAAUCUCGGAGUUUAGGUUGUCUGGGAUUGAAACCAUGGUUUCUGAACGGGUUGGCCGGUCUUUUAUUUUAUUUUAUUUUAUUUUUCUUUCUUUUCCAUUAGUAUAGUUGCAUUGAUUUCUCGACUUCUUGCUGUUCAGUUCACGAAAUACUUGGGCGUAUGUAAUACUACUUGUGUAUGGG